AUGGCAUCGCAGAGACGACAAUACGGACCCCGAGCCCGAACCCGGGUUUUUGGCAAGACAACCGCCCUCGCGCUUCUCCUCUGCCUCGAAUCCGUAGUCGUCAUCACAGCCCUCGUACUUUUCGGCGUGGCGUACCCCGACCGCUUCCGCUCACGGCUAUGGAGGAACGGCGGGGAAGAGGGAUGGUCUUCGAAUCCGAGGUUAAGGAUUUACUUCUACGCCAACUUUGAGGAAGUGCCUCAGAUCCCUCUGAUAUGGAGCCAAAGACUUACGACCUCGAACACGGCCAUCGCCGUCCUCUCGUUUCCGGUGCUCUUCGCCCGUAUCACGAUGGCAGCGCUUCAAUACGAGUCUCGCUGGACCAACAUCGCGUACGACGUCCUCCUCGCUGCCCUCUGGGCAUUCAGCGCCGUGGCGCAGAACGGAUCCGACUUGACUGACCCUCAACACCUGAUGGAGAGGCCGUGGUACCUCACACGAACGUGCGACGAGGCUUGGAGCCAGAACAGGGGUUGGUGUAAGAUUGCAAAAUGGGAGUAUGGCUGGGCGAUAGUAGCUGCGUCGUUCUACACUUUGAGGAUCAUCGGCGCUCUGGGCUUGUCGGUAUACGAGAAGGGGAAAAGGGACGGAGGUCAGAAUGGACUUAAGGAAUCACUGAUGGAUGAAUGGACCUGGGACGACCAAGAUGGACGGGUUGCACCGUACAAGGACGUCACCGUAGCUCUUGCGAGUAUGGCCUGGUAG